AUGGUUACACUUGGUGCUGAGAUUGUGUCUGCUGCUGCUUUCCCAUCUCAUCCAAAGCCAACUGAGCCAACCUCAAAGGAUUUUUCAGUUUAUAGAGGAUGUCCUGCCAACUUCUUCAACGCAUUGAACAAACCCAAACCUACCUUUAAAGUCACUGAAGUUAAAAGUGUUACACCAAACACUUACAACUACACCAUUGACUUCUCUAUUGAUUCCGGGUUAACCAUUAAAGAAUUGACUUCCUUAAGUUUAAUUGCUGACGGUAAAACGUAUACUUUGUUCAACUCUAAGUCUAAUAUCAAACAAAUUUCUGAUCCAAAUCAAUGGGUAUUUUCAUACGUAUCAGGUGCCUCCAAUAAAUCACCUUGGGACUUUUGGGUGCCAAACAUGCUUGUCAAAUAUGAAUGGGAAAAUUGUCACAAAAAAGAUUUUGGCUUACCCUUCUUUGAUGAACAUAAGAGAGAUGCUCAUUGGGAAUCAAAACAUAAAUUCCAUCAUCAUCCAGGUUACAAGAACUCAACCAAAUCCUGUACCACCAAGUCCAAGUAUCCUAGUAUUUAUACUUAUGCUAUUGGUUGCACAGGAUUUUCAGAUAUUCCUGGAUUCUUAUUCAAGCUGUUAUGA